GCAGCCACCCAUGGGUACAAUUACAAAGCACUAUGAAAGUCGCUCAUGUGCUCAAGCAGCAUCUCUCUCUCAAAGAGCAUUACUUUUGAUACUCUACUUGUAAUGGCGGAUAAAUCCAAACCAGCAGUCCCGUUCAGUAGCUAUGUGCCAAAAGUCGCAAUAGUUACUGGUGGUGCUCAGGGACUUGGACUUGCUAUCGCCUACAGACUCGCUGAUGAUGGCAUUAACAUCGCAAUUAACGACAUACACUCGAAAGAAGCACAAAUCGAUGCUGCUGCUCAAGAGAUCCGCAAGAAAGGACGGCGUGCAAUAGCCGUGGCCGGAGACGUGUCUUCCGAAGCGGACGUGAUUAGCAUGAUAGAAAGAACGGUAAAUGAACUAGGAAGUUUAGAUAUCAUGGUUGCGAAUGCGGGAAUUGUUGCAAUCAAGUCGGUCUUCGAGACUACUCUUGAACUUUUCGAGACUAUCCACGCUGUCAAUACACGAGGUGUCUUCUUGUGUCUAAAGCAUGCUGCAAUACAGAUGGUCAAGCAGGGUCGCGGUGGAAGACUAAUAGCCGCGAGCUCGAUGGCAGGAAAGCAAGGGUACUCUGGAAACUCGGCUUAUUCGGCUUCAAAGUUUGCUGUACGCGGUAUGACACAGUCUAUGUCAAAGGAGUUGAGUGAAUACGGCAUCACAGUCAAUACGUAUGCUCCCGGAGCUAUUCGGACAAAUAUGUUACACGAGAACAAAGUAUCUGAAGAUGUAAUUAAAAUGAUUACCGAACGUUUGCCACAUGGAAACCCCGAAGACGUAGCUAGUCUCGUUUCGUACCUUGCUAAACCGGAAUCAUACUUCAUAAAUGGGCAAAGCGUAACAAUCGAUGGAGGAGCAACACAUUUCGACUAAGUACAUAUAAGGAACAGUUGUCAAAGAAAACUGCAUAUACAAAGUUGUCAAUAAGAGUCAAUUCUGAUCCCUCACUGCGAGCUUAGGUACCAUUGGUAACUUGCAUGUUGUCUGCAAAUGAAGUCGAUUGUAGUAGUCACCCGUUCAACCGUUAUCCCC